CUUGCUAACACCGCUCUGCACGCUCAGGUCGCAGUCUCUACCAAGCACGCUGUUUUUACACACCGUAAAGAUGUUUUAUAAGGUUACGUGUAUUGUAGAAAGAUGCUGUAGAUGCUGUCGUCUCUCGAUUUCCACAGAGCACGGAUUCGCAGUCCGCUUUAUUUUCAUGGUUGAUCGUGAAAUCUGUCCAGAGAUCGCCGUCGUGUCACGUCGUCUGUUUAUUAGCAUGACAUUAUACGCCACAUAUCAUCAUCGUCGUCGUCGUCGUCAUCAUCAUCUCGUAUCGGAGCAUUUUUUAGGAGUAAAUCGGUAUUGGAAUGAUUCGUGAUACGAAUGUCAGUAUCAAUACAUCCUCACUGAUGAUAUUUAUUGCUUCGGCGAAAUUCAGCAGCACAUCUAUGUAAAAUGUAGCUUUAAUUGUUAGAAACUUUAUAAAUCAAUAAUUCGAUCUAGAUUUUAGCCUGUAGUUCUUUUAUUAAAAAAAAAAAAAAAAAUCAUUCCAUGACUUCUAGUCAUUGUCAUAACUUUUAUAGUUCAGUCAUUAGUACUUGUACAUUGGUUCAUUCAUUGAGGGCCUGUAUUAUUGAGGACUAGAGUUCAGCAUCUUAAAACUGAAUUUUGGGUAUAUACACUGAAGAUCAAACUUUUUUAUUUUAACGUCUAUCUUUUUUUGUUUUUACCUUUUUUUAUUCUUUUUUUUUUUUGUAGGGAUAUACAGCUUUACCUUCACCCCUGCUGUUCUCAAAUUCCUGCGUCUUAUAACUUCAUGGAACAUUCUGUCUUAAAAGCAUCCCACAGACCACAAAGUGCAUCGGAGAUGAAGAUGAGACUGACGGAGGAUAGGACGAAGAGAUCGAUCGCUCCUCAGAUAGACCCCUGGUGAAAGGGGGAGAAAAAAAAAAAAAACCCUGAACACAGACUGUCAUGCGUUUAGGGCUCAGACUGUUUCUGCCAUGCAUUUGCUUUUAGUUCCUGUGUCAUAGCAUGUCAUAUAUACGAUUACAAGCUUUUCUAUCUUGUACUUUAAUGGACCAUGUUUCUAGGUUUGACUCCGAUUUCCUGAAUUCAUACUGAGAAAAACAUAAACGUAGAUUAAUUUGGCGGAUAGUUUUUAUUCAAAGCUUGGGAUUUGAGCUCACGACCUUCUGGCCAAACACUCAGCUGCUGCUCUACCCCUGUCUAUGGCCAAAAAACAUUCAAAGCACUGAGACUAUGAGGUUUUCUUUCGAGCUCUAUGUGCACUACUUGGUGCUGUUGGCUUUGAACUGUGGGGUUUUAUCAUACGGCCCUCGUCAGAGAGCUCAGAAGACGGGGGACAUCCUGCUGGGGGGCUUGUUCCCUAUACACUUCCGAGUCGCUUCCAACGACCAGGAUUUGGCUGCUAAACCGGAAUCAACCGAGUGCGUGAGGUAUAAUUUCCGUGGAUUUCGUUGGCUCCAGGCUAUGAUUUUUGCAAUCGAGGAAAUCAACAACAGUUCUACUCUUUUACCAAACAUCACUUUGGGGUACAGUAUAUUCGACACCUGUAACACCGUCUCCAAAGCCCUGGAGGCGUCUCUGAGCUUCGUGGCUCAGAAUAAGAUCGACUCUCUGAACUUGGAUGGGUUUUGUAACUGCACCGGGAACAUCCCGUCCACCAUCGCCGUGGUCGGGGCUUGCGGAUCGGCGGUUUCGACGGCCGUGGCCGACCUCGUCGGUCUCUUCUACAUCCCACAGAUCAGCUAUGCUUCUUCGAGUCGCCUUCUGAGCAACAAGAACCAGUACAAGUCCUUCAUGAGGACAAUUCCGACUGACGAGUACCAGGCCAUCGCGAUGGCGGCCAUCAUCGAUCACUUCCAGUGGAACUGGGUCAUCGCGAUCGCCUCGGACGAUGAAUACGGUCGUCCCGGGAUAGAGAAAUUCGAGAACGAGAUGUUCGAGAGGGACAUCUGCAUCGACCUCAACGUGCUGAUCUCUCAGUAUCUGGAAGAAGCCGAGAUUAUCCGCAUUGCAGACCAAAUCCAGAACUCCACCGCUAAAGUCAUCGUCGUUUUUGCUAGCGGGCCCGACGUUGAGCCGCUGGUUAAGGAAAUGGUGAGGCGCAACAUCACGGAUCGUGUGUGGUUAGCGAGCGAAGCGUGGGCUCUGUCGAGCCUGGUGGCCAAACCCGAGUACCUGGACGUCAUGGGCGGGACGAUCGGCUUCGCGCUGCAGGCAGGACACAUCCCCGGAUUCAAGGAAUUCCUGCAGCAGGUCCAUCCGAAAAAAUCCCUCCAUAACGAGUUUGUGCGAGAGUUUUGGGAAGAGACGUUCAACUGUUACCUGGCGGACAGUGUGAGGAAGGAGGACAGCGAGAACAGCAGCGCGGGCUUUAGGCCGCUUUGCACGGGCGAGGAGGACAUCACGAGCGUCGAGACGCCUUACCUGGACUACACUCACCUGAGAAUCUCCUAUAACGUCUACGUGGCAGUUUACGCCAUAGCCGAGGCGCUGCAGGACAUUCUCACCUGUACGCCCGGGAGAGGACUCUUCGCUAACGGAUCCUGUGCUGAUAUUCGAAAAGUGGAGGCGUGGCAGGUCUUAAAGCAGCUGAGGCAUCUGAAGUUCCAGAACAGCAUGGGCGAGCGAGUGCGUUUCGACGAGAGCAGUGAACUUUCUGCCAACUACACCAUCAUGAACUGGCACCGUUCCCCCGCGGACGGCUCGGUGGUGUUCAGGGAGGUCGGGUACUACAGCGUUAACGGCAAAAAGGGCGCCAAACUCUCCAUAGACAAAACAAAAAUACUGUGGAACGGCUAUCUGACCCAGGUCCCGUUUUCGAACUGCAGCGAGGAGUGCGAGCCCGGCACCAGGAAGGGCAUCAUCGAGGGGAAACCCACCUGCUGCUUCGAGUGUACCGACUGCUCUGAUGGAGAAUACAGCGAGUAUAAAGAUGCCAGCGUUUGUACCAAAUGUCCCAACAAUUCUUGGUCCAACGGGAACCACACUUCCUGUUUCUUAAAGGAGAUCGAGUUUCUGGCGUGGUCGGAGCCGUUCGGGAUCACUCUGGCCCUGCUCGCCGUGCUCGGCGUUCUCCUGACGUCCUUCGUGAUGGGCGUGUUUGUGCGAUUUAGGAACACGCCUAUAGUCAAGGCUUCGAACCGAGAGCUGUCCUACUUAUUGCUGUUCUCGUUAAUCUGCUGUUUCUCCAGUUCGCUCGUGUUCAUCGGCGAGCCCCAGGACUGGACGUGUCGUUUGCGUCAGCCCGCGUUCGGGAUCAGCUUCGUCUUGUGCAUCUCCUGCAUCCUGGUGAAGACCAACCGGGUUCUUCUGGUGUUCGAAGCCAAGAUUCCCACCAGCCUCCAUCGUAAGUGGUGGGGUCUGAACCUGCAGUUCCUGUUGGUCUUCCUGUUCACCUUCGUGCAGGUGAUGAUCUGCGUGGUGUGGCUGUACAACGCUCCGCCGGCGAGCUACAGAAACUACGACAUCGACGAGAUCAUCUUCAUAACAUGCAAUGAAGGCUCCAUGAUGGCUCUGGGCUUCUUGAUCGGCUACACCUGCCUCCUGGCGGCCGUCUGCUUCUUUUUCGCCUUCAAGUCGCGGAAGCUGCCGGAGAACUUCACGGAGGCCAAGUUCAUCACCUUUAGCAUGCUCAUCUUCUUCAUCGUCUGGAUCUCCUUCGUCCCAGCCUACUUCAGCACCUACGGGAAGUUCGUCUCUGCUGUGGAGGUCAUCGCCAUCCUGGCGUCCAGCUUCAGCCUGCUCGCGUGCAUCUUCUUCAAUAAGGUCUACAUCAUCCUGUUCAAGCCGUCCAGGAACACCAUCGAGGAAGUUCGCUCCAGCACAGCGGCACACGCCUUCAAAGCGGCUGCGAAAGCCACAAUGAGGCGAAGCUCCGCCUUCAGGAAGAGGUCCAGCAGCGCGGGCGGGUCCACCGCCUCUUCGCCGUCCUCGUCAAUCUGCCUGAAAGCCAGCGAGAACGAAACAGCCACGCCCUCCGGGCAGAGGCGGAGCCAAAGGCCCAGGGUGAGCUUUGAAAGCGGGACGAUGAGUCUGUCCAUCGCUUUUGAGGAGGCGCGAAAAAACUAA